AUGGUGGUACCCUAUAUAGAAGAAACCGAUCUCACGCCAGCAGGCAUCUUCUAUUGCGGGCUAGAUAUCUACAUGUUUAGAUUCAAAUACAAGGAGCGCGACAUAUGGCUAUCUCCCGUCUCCCAGAUACAGACCUUUGUUCGAUCUCGAACAGACUAUGUCAAUAGAGUAGUCAUUAAAAAGACUAGUUUCCUCAGAUGGUAUAAUAAUGAUAGAACAGCUCAAUAUUUUAAAAUACUUUAUGGUGGAAAUGUUACAGUUGCAACAUUUAUAGAUUAUAGAUAUUAUAUUCAAGAAAAGUUGGAUCCUUCACAAGAAGGGUCUGCACAAUUUGCAGAGUUGAUAUGGACUCUGGUCAUUGGAAGUUGUUCUGCAACUUAUCCUGAAAUUGUUACAAAUGGUAGUAGUGAACUAUCUUUAUCUUCAUCUUCAUCAUCAAUCAUACAAAGAGUUGAUAAUAAUAAUUAUAAUCCAACUCCUCUUGAUAUUAAUAAUAAUAAUUAUAAUUAUAAUAAUAUAAUGUCAUCUCCAGAUACAUCUUCGUCGUCAUCAUCCUCAUUAUCAUCAUCAACAGCAACAAUGAUGAUUGAAAACAUACCAUUAAAUAUAAUUAAUUUAUCAAAUUCAACCGAUGAAAUGGAUAUCACAACCACCACCUCUUCUUCUACAACCAAUUCACACUCUUCUUCCUCUUCCUCUAAUAAUACAAGUACUGAAAAUGAUUCUAUAACAACAACAACAACAACAACAAAGAGAGAAGAGAAUUCAUUAAUAAUGUUGGCAUGCGCAGCUGACUUGGAUCCAAAUAAUAAUAAUAAUAUUCCAAAAAACAAAUAA